GAGCUGUCAGAAACAGAAAGCACAGAGUUAGCUGCAAAAAGAAAUGCUUGCUCCGUCACGACCUGCAACAUAUCUCAGAUCUUGCACUGGUCUAGGAAACAUUUGGCGUUUAAACUCAUAUGAAACGUCAACCACAUGCAGUUGUGGUGGACUUGUGAAAAAAUACUGUAGAACUGUUGAAUUAGGAGGAAUAAAGAGAGAUUUGAUCCCUCUUUUGUAAGCUGUGAGAGUCCCUGCAGCACUCUUAAAAUAAGAAGAAAACAUCUUCCUCUGUUUCUGGAGAAUGCUAUGGGCUUCAGCUAUGAGAAACUAGUCAACUUCUACCAGUAGAUUAGGUUCAAGGAUAGAAAGAUCAUCUGCAGGUAGCAGCUCCCACCGUCAUCCCUGCCAUCAAAUGAAGGGCAAACCUCAUUUCAUCAAAAGAAGAGACUCCAGGGACAUGUGGACAAUGAACCAAGGAGAUCACAUGGUCCACAUUUUGGACAGCAGCGAACACAAUGCAUAUUGCGAAGACAGAUCUGUGGUUGCACAGCCCAUCUUUGUUUUUAAGAAGACACAACCUAAUAAGAGGCCUGCAGAAGAUCCUGUAUGUAAAACUGAAAAUGUUUCCACUGGUUGUUCCAGAAAACGUCCAAGAUCUUCAUCUUUUUCUUUUCAGUCCUCUGACUCUCAGUUGUACAAAGAAACUGUACAUUCACCGAAACGUUUGAGAUCAUCAUCCUUUACCAUCCUUCCAACAUUCCCACCAUCUCAGCCAGUGAAGAAGAAUAACAUAUUCAUGACCUCCAUACCCCUACAAAAGAACAUUGGUGUGAAAGCCACAGAAAAGGGCAUUCCACCAACAAAUGUACAAUGGGAUGUUUUGAAGCCUGCUGUCUUGCAACCUCCACAAGCUUCUAUGUGGAGCAGACUAGCAGAGAAGAGAAGUGCUGAAAAUGUUCUGUCAGAUAAUUAUGAAACAGACACUGAGGUAUCUCAAGAUACUUGUUCCUGGACAGAUAUCACAGACAAGCAACCCUUUUCUCUUCAUAUGUCAUGCCCCAAAAUAAUAGGCAAUCAGUUAUCUCACCGCAGGACUAUCUCAAACAGUAGGCAGUCUAACUUCAUAUUUGGAGAAAAUAUAAUAGAAAGAGUUUUGAGGCCUGAGAAAUCCCCAGAGCUGCUGUCAGAAAAUGAACCACACAACUGUGAAAAAGAAACCACCGUUUCCAUAGGCUUCCAUACCAAUUCUUCAUGGACAAAUUUUGUCAAGGGCACAACGCUGGCUGAAUCAGCUGCUGCUUACAUAUCUAACAAACCAAGACAAAGAUAUUUAUUAGAUAAAGUUGAAGUCAAAACGGGAGAAGAAGCAGAACACAAUGUCUUGCAGAUCAACUGCAAGCUUUUUUUAUUUGACAAGGCAUCACUGUCCUGGAUCGAAAGAGGCAGUGGCUCUCUGAGACUUAACGAUACAUCUAGCAAUAAUUGUGGGAUGCUUCAGUCACGACUGGUCAUGCGAAACCAAGGAAGCAUGAGGCUGGUUCUUAACACCAAACUCUGGACUCAGAUGAUCAUAGGAAGAGCAAACAGGAAGAGUCUGUGCAUCACAGCAACUGACCUGGAGGACUGUUCAGUUAAAGUGUUUCUAAUUCAGGCAAGCUCAAAGGAUACUGCUUCUCUGUACGCAGCAAUCCACCACCGUCUCAUUGCUCUGAGAAACUCUGCAAAGCACGAAUGUAAUGGAAAUCGAAUGGAGCCAGAACCUGAUAUUCAACAGUUAAAUUGUGACAGUGAUGAAGAUGAGAGUGAAAAAAUAACAAGAGUGAACAAAAACAGAUCAGACCAUUCUAAAUGGAUCCGAAGGCAUUCUGUGGUCUGCUCAUGACAACUCACUAUUUACAGCCCAAGAAACAAUAUUGAAGAUUUGUGUUGUUUGGUGGUCUGGAAACCUAGGCACAUGAGGGAUUUUUCUGCAGCAUUUGUUGCAUGACUUUGGGGCAAAGAUUUCUGAAUAUGGACUCCAGACUCUGAGGAUACGUGGAAGAAGCACUUUAAAAGUUCCAGUUAUUAAUCCUUAUAUUCCUACAGGAAUCUGAACAUAGUCCCAGUUCUUUAGGAAUAAUAUUUGAAAAGAAAAUAAGCUACAGAAUUUUGAAUGAACUGGUUUAAAAGACAAUUUAAAGAAACAGAUAAUCCUAAUUCAAAUUGUUUCAUCAUAUUGAUGACAUUAAUCAGUUAUCUAUAAAAUAUUGACUGUUAUUUCUCAAUAGAUAGGUGACACACUGCUGAUAACAUUUUUGCAAAAUGCUAAAGUUAAGGUUUCACUUUGAUUUAAGUUAGCUUUAUCCUUGACUACUUUGCCGACGAGUUUGAGGGCCAAAUUCUCAUCUGGAAAAUAAAAAUAUCAUUUGGUGAAUGAAAUUUAAAAA